CCACCCAGUGCCCAGCCAGAGCAGCCGAGCCGCGACGUUCAGGCGCCGACGCCGAGCCACGCGCGCACUGUGCAGAUUACGCCGAGAGACUGCCCCUGCCCCCUCCCUCUGUGGCCCUGGCCCUGGCUAGACCGCCUCGACUAGACUAGACCGUAGACCGACCCGAUGGCCAUGGGCACAUGGCACGCGGCAUGGCAUGGGGCCGCAUGGGGCCCACGAUGGGCUUCGUUCGCGACAUGGUCCCGUCCCGUCCCGUCUGCCGUGGACCAGAGCCGCCGCUCCACGGGUCACUGGUCACUUCCGCACCAUGAAGACGGCUAGCACCGCGAGGCCCGCUCUGCCUGCCAGGCCGCGCCUGCGCACGCACCGAUAGGCAACCCGCCAGUGUGGGUACAGAUGAACUGGUUACCCCGAGUCAUUCAUCACAAGCCCCAAUCGGGGAAGGACCAAGUAAGAAAGGUAGGGCGAGCCUAAGGGGAGCAGGCCCCGCACGAGGGAAGUCCCAGGCCCGCCAUGUUUGGGUGUUCGGGACGCGCCCUGGGUGUGGCAGGCAAGGCAAUUGAACGCACAUCGAAACAGACGCAGAAAGUAUUUCGUGCCAAGUUGUGCCUCUCUCCCUCAACCCCCGGCCGGGAGGCGAGGGGGUGGGUCGGGGUGGGUUGCCAUAGCAACAAAACACGUCUCGUGGAGGAAGCUCGGCCGGCGGAAUAAAACAUGUCCUGUGUUGGCAAAAACCGCGGGAAACUGCAAACGCGCCAAGAUGAGGAGGAAGACAAGCAGCCCCGGUGAGAACUGUCUACUCGUGGGAUCGUUUCAGUAAAAAGCGCGGGCCAGUCGUCAUCGAUCGUAGAGGGCUUUGGAGGUUGCCGCGCAGGAGGAGGAUUCCGGACAGAGGCUUCAUCGCCCUGUCUCUCUCGCACUCAUGGGGCGUCCCGUAGGGGUGCGAAAGAGACAGAGAGAUGUCACUGCUCGGAAUCAGCCAGCAUGGUUCGACUGUCGUGGCCUUCUUCAGGAUAACGCGCGAGUCCCUGAGGCGCCUGUGCAAGGAGAACAAGGGGUACGUGACGCCACACCUCAACGACAUCCUGUACCUCCACUACAAAGGUUACACCAAGAUCGAGAACCUCGAGGAGUACACGGGGCUCAAGUGCCUCUGGCUGGAGAGCAAUGGCAUUUGCUGCAUCGAGAACCUGGACCAGCAGCUGCAGCUCCGCUGCCUGUACCUGCACCACAACCUCAUCUCCAGCAUCGAGAACCUGGAGCACCUCGAGUUCCUCGACACGCUCAACUUGUCGCACAACAACCUGCACCAGCUGCAGAACCUGAGCGCGCUGCCCGCGCUGCACACGCUCAACGUGUCCCACAACCGCCUCCGGGCGGUGGAGGACGUCGCCGAGCUGCAGCGCUGCGCCGCGCUGGGCGUGCUGGACCUCUCCCACAACGUCAUCGAGGACCCCGGCGUGCUCGGCGUGCUGGGCGCCAUACCCAACCUGCGCGUGCUCACGCUCACCGGCAACCCCGUCAUCAAGAACGUCCCGAACUACAGGAAGGCCGUCACGCUGGCCUGUAAACAACUGACAUACCUCGACGCCAGGCCCGUGUUCGACAAGGACAGACGAUGCGCAGAGGCAUGGGAGAAGGGGGGCCCGGAGGCGGAGCGCGCCAUGCGGAAGGAGCUGCAGGACGCGGAGAACAGGCGGAUCUCCGACAGCGUCAACGGUAAAGCGCCAGGAGUGGAAACGGCCGUGGGAGCCUUCGACGCCCGCCGCCUUCCACUUAAUGCACUAGAUGUCUAUCUUCCGGCGCCCCUAUGCCGCUAUGCAAGUUUAGUCGGCGCGGAGGACCCGCCGAGCAGCCCGACGCUGCCGCAGAGGAAACGAGGCCAGCAGGGACUCGGCCUCGGCCUCGGCGCGCCGGGCCCUCAGUGCGCCAAGCUCAUUGAGAUGAUAGAGGAGGACGGUGACGGCCUCGACCCGCCCGACCACGACUUGCAGGACCUCUGCCCGCGCCAGCACUGCCAGCCGCAGCGUGACAGCUCGCUGCUAGCGCUGGAAGGGCUGGAGGAGGCCGCGACUGCCGGCGUCACACGCAAGGCGACGCCCGCCAGGGCCGCGGCGCCGCGGAUACUCAUCGAGGAGGUGCCCGAGCCCGUGGCGGGGCCCAGCGUUCGCGAUGACGUGCGACCCGUGGCCGCCGACGAACCGGGACUUGAGGAGGAGAGGGUGGACGUCCGAGCCCUCGACGCCGAGUGUAUGCAUGUGGAAAGCCCCGAUGCCGGGGAAGUACACGUAGAGACGCUCGCCGGGGAGACCGCCGUCACCGAUGCUACCAUCACGGAGACCGCCGUCACCGAGACCGCCGUCAGCGAGGCCGCCGCCGCCGUCACCGAGGCCGCCGUCACCGAGACCGAGACACCGGACUGCAAGUCAGCGGGACAGGACGGUCCGGAGUGUGCGCCAAGCCCCGACGAGCUGGAGGCGCUGGCUCGCCUCGAGGCCCUCGUGACGCAGCCCGACGCCGACUCGGAGUCCAGGGUGGUGGUCCCGAAGUACGAAUGGAUUCGGGGCCGCCUGCCCGAAGCAUGCGCACGCCGCGCGGCAGGCCACGAGGCAGGCCAGGCCGGCCCGGGGGAGGCCAUCCUCGACCACCAGACCAUCGCGCAGCGCUACCUGGACGACCUGCGCGCCAGGAACGACCUCUCCGACGAGGAGCGCGCCAUCAUGGAGAGCAUCCAGAGGAUGGCGACGGACAGCGCGAGCGACGAGGACGACAGCGAGGCGUCGGAGGGCGAGGGCGAGGCAGGCCCGCCCCUGAGGCACGCCAGCUCCGACAGCGAGGACGCCCGGGACGUCGUCAUCGGCGCACUCAGGGACUUCAAGGCUGUGGAGGAACUGCCGGAAACAGAAAUCUCCAGGGAGGACGACGUUCAACCGCCACACAUGGAGACAAAGGUCACAAACGCCCAAAUCAAACAAGCAAAAGUUGUUAGGAAGAGUGAUGUGAGGAUAAGCAGAUGUGUGCAGAUCAAGAAGCUGCUGGAUCAACACGAAAACAUCAUGGCAAUGCUUCCAGAAGAACGCAAGCAGCUGACAGGCCAGCUCCUGCAGCACUUGCAAGAAUGGAGAAGUGUGGAAGAUAAGAGGAGAAGAAAAUCACAGAAACAGAAAGUAAAUUGUACUGAUAAGAAUCAUCAACCAACAAGCAAACCAGAGGCAGAUGACAAAAUGAAUAAAGAUGACGAAAGACAGACAGCUGAUACAACCAAAGUCGAGUCUGAUGAUGAUGAUGAUGGAAUACAGGAGGAUGAGAUAAUAAGAAAUGUGUCGCAGACUUUGGAAAUGCAAAUAGCAUCUAUAGAUAUGUAGCUAACAAAUUUUGUCAAAUUUUUAUGACAAUUUUAUUUAAAGAAAUGGAAAUUACAUGAAACAAAAAAUAGCACAAUAAAUUCUUUUAACAUACAUAGAAAAUGC